AUGGAUGUCACGGAGAGCAAGUUGGAAAGUUCGAUUGAAGCUUCUAGUGACAUUACAUCGGAAAAAGAUGCAGUUGCCAACUUGAACAAUCAAAUAGAUGAGCUUAAACGCGAGCUUGAUGCCGUGAAGAAGAAACUUCAGAAGGCGGAAUUCGAGCGGGACAGUGCUCGGAAAGGUGUGGAAAACUUGAAAAGUGAAGUGAAGGAGUUGAGUAAGAAGCUGCACGAGGAAAGGAAAAGAAAUGCUGAGGGCACAAGGAAGAACGGUCAUGCCGUUCGGUCAAAUGAUAAUAUAAAUGGUAAGUUCAUAUCAGCUGAUAAAUGGGGAUGCAGACAUUCCAUUUUUUAUCCGCACCCCCACACCCCCUGCUAAGGAUGCCGCCGGCUUAUGAACAGGAGGUUCAAAAAGCAGCUAAAAGUCAUUUACUACAAAUCCAGUACCCUGAUCCUGUAUUUUCAAAUGCAUAGAUGGAGAAUGUUCCAGUAGGCCGAUUCAGAACAGAGAAGCUCAAGAAACUGAGGCAACUGAAACCAAGGUAAGUCAUGUGUCAAAUUCUUGCUUUAUUCUACACAAAUAAAUAUCAAUUUGUGGGAGGAGAGUCCUGCUACUAAGUAAGUUAUUGUGUUGUGUUUUAAUGUUGUUUCUAGGAUCUCAGAACCGCAUUGCAAGAGGCAGCUACUGCUGCUAUGAGCCAGAGUGGUUUUGUAUAUGAUGAUCGCACAGGACUCUAUUAUGACUGGAAUACUGGUUAUUACUAUGAUCCUGUAAGUACUUAUGUAAGCAUCAUCUAGUCUGCCAUCUAUGAAAUAAGCACCAAAGGGGCAGAUGAGGCAGGGUUGAUCCAGGAAUUGGCCAACUGCCCAGUGGGGCCCUUCUGAAAUAAUAUAAAGGACCAUUUUACUAGGGAAGGGGAACUGAUUCUGUAUUUUAAUCUUUUUUAAUGUGUAUUCUUUUCCAUUUUCUCAGUGUUGCAACUGUCUAAUAAUAACUUUUAUUAUAAGGAUUAUCUCAUGAUAUCUCUUUAAGUUUUGAUAGUUGGCUGUCUUGAGACUAAAAGGGCUCAUGUCCUUGUUUAUGGUGGCACCAUGUGUCUGGGUGUGGUCAUGUUUUGACUUGAGCUCAUUCUGUUUUUAGACUAGUCGCCUUUACUAUGAGAACACUACAGGUAUCUACUACUAUUAUGAUGAACAGAGUGGCACUUACAAACUUCACUCCAGAGUUGAUAUAUCCAGCAGCAAACAAAAAACAGCUCGCAAAGACAGUACAGACGAAAAGGAAAGUGGUGAAGAAAGCAGUGAAGAUGAAGCUGAAAGUGACAAGGAAGUAGAGGGUAUAGGACUGUUUUACCAUGCUGAAAUCAAUGAUUUAUCUCUCAGCCUACAGGCAGAGUGGAAAAACCUUUCUCCCAGCAACCCUGUCAGCAAUCAGUGCCCAGCUUUGAGACACUUGAGAACUAAACAUUUUUCUGUCAAUCAAGGCUUUUCCAAUGUACCAAAACAUUAAUAUUCAUUGUACACUGUAGUCCUCCAGUCCUCAGAAUAGUGAUAAAGGAGCCCUCACCCCUUGGCAUUAUUAAUUUGCAAUGUAGUUAAGCUUUGAUCCGGUCUUUUCCUUUAGAAAACUACUUUUUUAAGAUGCACUCCUUAUUUGAUCUCCUGUGGUCUUGCCUAAAUGUGUGUAGUAAAUAAUAUUUCCAGGCUUUUUUUUUCUGUUCCCCAUCUAAUAAAGUCACAUAUAUCUUAAACAUUUAUUUUUUUAUGUUUUACAUUUUAGUCACUGAAGUGCAGUUUCCUUGUAUCAGGGCAAUAGUAAUCAAGUCAUCAAAGUUGAAAGUAGGAAGCCUUUUUAUCGUUACAUACAUUGGUGGUACUAUUGGAAGGUAUAUGGUCUAGUAACAUCAAUUAUUUACAUAUUUGUACUUUUCAGUGUAUUGAUAUCCGUGAACUAUUUAGUAACUGAUUUCCUUUCUCCUUGGUUAUAAGUUUGAAUGCAGGGCUAGCCUGUAGGGAAUCAGCCAGAAGGUUGUACUUCACAAUUUUAAUUAGGACUUAUUUUGUUUGCAGGGAGAAAAAUGUGUCACAUGUCAUGAGAAUACCUGAUGUUGAAGUUAGCAAGGUAUUUGAUAUGCAGUUAAAAUUAUUAAAUCCUGCACCUGUUGAAUGAUCUGCUGGUUUUUCUCAGUUUCUCUUUUCUCCUUCUCAGACGCAGUGUAAUAUUGAGUUUGAUAAAGAGAGACGUCAGUUUUUUAUCAGUGAUGUUGGAAGUAGAAAUGGGACAUUUCUGAAUGGUUGUCGGCUCUCUGAGGUAAACUAUACAUAUUUUUAUUUGCAAGGGCAUGGUAUCACAGAAAACUGCAUUCUUGAGUCUAUCUAUAACUUAGAAAAGACAACAGGAAGUGAAAUGAAGGGGAUUUACUUCCGUGGGAUUUCAUCACAGUGACAAUGUGGCUGUGAUGUCUCUUAAGCUAUGUACUGUUGUCAGAAUCCUUUGUGGCCUGCUACCACUAUCUCCCCCUGGGGAGAAGGGCAGUUUUUCUGUUAUCUGAAAAGAAUUAGAAGUUUUUUCCUUGCUUCUGGCUUUUUAUUGUAUAAGGGUGUUUAAGGCUUCAUACGGGGUUCUCACACGACUAGGACUCGAGAGUCCUUGAAAAUUGCAGUCAGUGCUGAAAAGUCCUUGCAUUUCAGUGCUAACAAAAUAUACCAAAAGUAGCAGACACAGAGAGACCUUCAGGAUAAACUUGUUCAUGUUAUGGAAGAACGUCAUCUGACAGCAAGGUCUUUCCCCUUUUAAUAUGCCCUGUCGCUACCAAACGUUUUUUGGAAAGUGUCUCGAUCUACCCCAGGCUUAUAGAGGUGAUUUGCUUGAAAAUUUGGGUAAAGAGUACAGAAGGUGCACUUUCAGUUGACUUGUGUCUCUCAAAAGCGCUCUUUGCUUAAGCUUCCUUAUAAUUUAGUUGUAAUGUCUUAUUUUUUACAGAGCAAACAAGAAAGUAAACCCCAGGUAAUAACUCAUGGAGAUGAACUUACCCUUGGAAGCACAACACUUCGCCUCCACAUUCACCCAGGGUCACAAACUUGUGAUUCCUGUGAGCCCGGCCAAGUACAGGCCCAGGCCCAGCAAGGAACCUUAUUUGUUCAAGAUGAUGAAGGUAAGAAAGUUAGAUACCUCCCCCCUCAUAAACAAGCUAUCUCGACCUACGGGGAUAGAAGCUGGGGGUAAUAUCAUUUUCUUUUGGCUGCCUAGGCACCUUUAAAGACUGCAAAGACGAUGUUUUUCCCAUGUAAUAUAUUUUAGGUUAAACCUAAAGAUGCGAGACUUUGUUUAGGACUGUAAAAAGUUGAUCGUCCUUUUCGUACGUUUUCGACCUUCUGGGGCAAAACCUUUUUUCUGACAAGUGGACUGCGUGGAUGGUUCUAAACACCCUAGAAGACGUUUUUUGUAUGCUUCCUUAUUCUAGAGUCACACAGAAAUGUUCAUGCCUUUUUCUGCUGGGUGCUCUUGAAAGACUGCAAAAGAGGAUCGUCCUUUUUGUAUGUCUUCUUCUUGUGAUAAAAGUCAAACACGUCGUCUUUUUUAAUAGCGACCAUUUCUCCGUAGUCGAUGUUGCCAUCAUUGUCUGUAUCAAGUAUCCGCACCAAUUUCUUCAAUUGCUUUCGUGUCAUGGGGAUGCCUGUUUUCUUGACACCAUUCAUGAAUUCCGCCCGGGUGAUCUUUUUACUAUUGUCCUUGUCCAGCUGGCGAAAGAAGUCUACAACACGCAAGCCUCUGAGCUCUAUGUACUCCAGCAGUAAGUUGAGAACAUCCUGCAAGAGAACAAAAGAAAAAAAUCUGUUUUGUUACAGUUUGGUACUCUAUCUGUUGCAGAAAUUUCCAAAGGUUGUGUGAUAGUAACUGAAUUUCCAUUCAUUUCGCCCUUUUCUUCCUCUAGUCUGUGUUCAUAAGUCUCCCAACAUUUUUUCGAAGUUUCAAAUCUAGAGUAUAAUAUAAGACAACAAAGGCCAUCGUUCACCUCUGUGUGUAGUCAACAAGACUACGUUUAUUAGGCACAAUUGAAACUUUUUUUCGCUCGAGACAGUCAUUUAGUUAAGUACCAAGUUUAAUUUUAGUACUCGCAGCCGAAUUUUCGAGUCUUAUAUUUGAACCAUUUCGUUUUUUAAGUACUGUUGAGAUUGAGUAACGAUAGUCAUGUUUCACAUUUUUCCGGGAACUUUUCUUUUAGACGUGGUACUUCACAUGAACUUAUUUCAUUGAAUUCGAUUCGGCUCUUCUGAAAUACCGCGUCUGAACCGCGGGCCCAAACCUAUACCUAGGAGAUCUGGGCAAGGCCCACUUUUGAGUCAGGUCUGUAUGCAAAGCUAUUCUGUAAGUAGUUUCUGCAACUGAAGAAUAAUAUUUUACAGCUCAAGGAAAAUUUUACUUACCACUUUCUUUUUCAUUCUUUUGACUCUGUCUUUUCCCUGCGUGGCCGUUCCACACUGCACGCUUAGGUUCGUUCGUUCAUCAAGCACGUCUUCUAGUAACUCUUCAAACUCCGCAUUCACGGGAAUUCCGUCAAAGUAUAACUCCUCGAUGGCGCUUUCCUUGUUCUUGGCAACAGCGCUUAAAAUCUCGUAUGCUCCUUCGCUCUGGAAUGGGUUCUGGCCAACGCGAAAGACCUGAAGAGUCGAAUUUUGCUCGAGUCCUUUUGCGAGCCAUUUCGCUCCGACGACCGAAAUCCGAUUACUUGAGAUGUCUAACUCUGUUAGAGUGUUGUUCGCUGCGAGCGCCUCCCCUACUGCUUUGGCACCAUCGUCAGCGAAACCAUUCCAGGACAAGUCCAGGAAUUUUAACGCGCAGUUGUUUUUCAGUCCGUAGGCAACUGCUACAGCUCCUUUUCUUCUUAAAUGAUUCCAGCUUAAAUCCAGAUAUUCUAAUCCCACGUUUCCAUCUAUUGCUGGACCAAGCAGUUGACCUCCGAUUUCGCAGAAGUUGUUGUGGCUGAGGUUCAGAGAUUUAAGCGUGUAGUUCUGUUUCAUAGCUUCAACAAUCGGCUCUGCAUCCUUUUCCUCGAAGCCAUUGUUCGAGAGGUUGAGCUCUAAAAGUUCGUUAUUUUCUCUCAACAUCUCCGACAUGGCAUAUGCUCCUUGAGUGCGAAGAUCGUUUUGCGAAACGUCCAGCUCUGUAAUGAAGGGAUUUUCUGUUAACAUCUUGGCAAUAUAAAUAGCACCGUCGACUCCGAUGCUGUUAUCGGCGAUAUUCAGGGUCAAAACGGAGUUGUUCUGCAUCAAAGCCACCGCCACAGCCUCGGCUCCCAUCGGACCAAGGUUAUAAUGCUUCAAGUUCAUUUCUGCCUUGUCCAGCUGCCGAAGGAAUGGAGUGCAUGGUAUCAAGCCAAGAUUUUUACAAGCUGCAGUAUAGUGCCUCUUGUCCCUUCUGCCUUCAAGGAUGUCCUCGUGAAACUCACUCUCCAAAUCCGUGUCGUACUCCUCUUCACUGCUCUCUGCUUGUUUUUCUGGGCUUAGUUCGUCUGCCAGCGGUUGUUCGUCGUCUUCAAGCGAAGAGUAGGGAACUUGUCUUAUGCAGUCGACUUGGACUGGGUAUUUUGUCGACAUUGUUGCAAUCUGAGAAAAUAUAUGCAAUCUGUGUCAUUUCUUACCCAUUUCCCAGAGGUCUUUUACUUCUCUCAGGUAGUUACUUAGUGUAUGUCAGCCCAUAAUGUACCGACAUAUUGUACCACGUACUUUACAUGUACAUGUCUUAUUCUACAGUCAUAGCUUUCCAUCAACCUCGUUCCCAAGAUUCUCUCCUGGCUGAGGUCCCCAUAGGCCCUUGCUUCGCCGGUGGCUCAAUAAGAUCAAGGCCUUUAGUAACAUAAUUACUCAUAAUCACAGAAAGAAAGAAAAUGCACGAGAAUGCAUUUUUAGCUUCUUUCCCUUCACAGUCUUACAGUUUACCGCCGUUUUUGAACUCAAGUACUUUGCAGGGGGCUACGUUGAAAGUUUCGGCGCCUAUUAUUGAAAAUAGGGUGUUUAGUGAAGAAUCGCUCGUUCUGGGCAACGAUUAUUCGAGUAAGUACCGCAAGGUGCAGGCGCUAAAAACCUGUUUUAUUACAAAUUUAGAGUUUAGUACACGAAUGCAGUUUGAUUUUCUGAGUUGUGUAGGGUUUCAUUAAUACUUAAAUGUUUGAAAAGGACCUUGUAAGAACGUACUUUAAGGUAGAAAGGUAAAUUAACUAUUUUCAUCGUGUGCGAAGUUCAUUUUAGUUCCGAGUAAUUGUGCUUGCUUGACAAAGUCAAGUAAGUGCAUUAUAAACAUAUUUCAAUAACUCUCGUAUUUUUACCUGUUGGAGUAUUGUACCUUCAUGGAAUGAAAAUGAAGAUUUUGUACAAUUCAGAUCCGUGAUGUGUUGAUGCUACAGUUGUAUAUGUGUAGUUAGUUUCACGUACGGCGGGCGAACCAGGUAAAAGCUUUUCUUUCCUCAAAAUUAUUGUUAUUCAUAGCGAGAAUCUAUUAGCGAGUCUCUUGUUUUAAAUGCAAGGAUUGAGGAUGUUCUAAGUGGCCGUGGCAUUUAAACACUACGUCGCUAUGGAGAUGCUUGAAUGUUGCUUUGGUUACCGGACAGUGGGCGAGCCAAGACAAAGGCAUCGCCAAUGGCUUUCCGAAAUUAUACAGAAGCCUUUUUUGGGGAAAUGACAAGAAGCUGUGAAUAAUUUAUAAUUUCUGUAAACACCGAGCAGGUGGUAAUUCAAAACUAGUAUUUCAAUAGCUCAGGGAUUGAGAAACUUUAAGCUAAAGAAAAACAUACAGUUUGAAACAUAUUGAAAUGGUUUAGCAAUAAAUCUAACUGUUGCUUUUGUAUUAGAGAAAGCGCUGGUAAAUAGAUGUAGUUGUCAAGCUUUGUCCGCGAGAAACUAAUCUCAUUUAACUCAGCGAGACUACUGACACUUGAAUUUUAACAUCGUAGCCGUAUUUAUUUUUUGGUGGAAACCCAGUAAUGAAAACAGUUUUAUAGAUUACGGGGAAGCAUACAAAUCAAUUAUACUUAUCUUCAUGGUUAAUUAUGUCAGUUUGGCUGCUAGCAGUCUUACAAUAGUGAAUUUCACCUGUUUGGCCAUGAAUAGUUUAUGCAGGUUGUAGAAUACAAAGCUCACUCAGAUAAUGAAAUGCUCUGUUUGCUGUAAAGUAGUUCUUAGCUUCAUAAAGAAGAUCUGGAAGCUUUGUGUAAUUAUGUCGCAAGGCUGUCUUUCGUUGCCGCAAAGAGCUUGAGUGUGUCAUUGAAUGGUCGUGAACUGAAAUAAUGAAAAUAGAGUUAAACACUACUUGGAACUGUUUUGAGUUGAUAGUAUCUUUUCCGUUUAUGUGAUUGCAGCGCAAGAAAUAUCCAUAAUUUACAAUGGCUUUCCUGUAUUUUCAUUCCCUAUAUUGGUGCGCGUUUCUAGGAUCUAUGUCGCCUGAAAAGAAAAAAAUUACUGGGUAGAAGUUGUGACGGAUGGCGGCGUUAGGCCGCAGACGAGGCUACAAUUUUGGUCGUAACUGUUAAAACGCCAGCGAAUGUUUUGGAUACGGACACUACGGAUUUUGCACAAGAAAAAUGGGCCAUACAUUUGAGAAAAUCAAACGAAAGAAGUUUACGACAGCGCGAAUUCAUUAAGCUCCCUAUUGGGGGAGGGUGGGGAACGAAAGACGGAAGCCAUAAACCUUCACAUGUGCUGAGACACCCUCCCCAAACAAAAAAUAGUGUCUCAAUUAAUUAUCACUAGGGAGUAGGCCCACCAAUAUUGUAUACCUUCUCGCUUUCUCACCCCAACUCUCUCCCCAAUCCCCAUAAUCUAGUCAGUUGAUCAGUGUACAAUUUAUUGACAGUGUGCAUAACGAAGGUUGUGGAAGGACGUAAACCAGUCAACUCGUUAACAAUACAAGAACAACGAAAGUCAGUACUUAAAAGAAUAAAAAAGGCGUAUGCUUUAGAGGUAAGUGGCGUUAGUACCACUGUUGACGCUCGGAAAAUGAGGUGUAAUUAUGACAUAUAUAAUUGUCACUUAUGUACUUUUUUUUAUCAAACAUUGCAACUUAACUUACACAGCGUUUUGAGUAGCACCUCGCUUGAUAGACAGCAUCAGCACUUUCAUCAGUUCAGAGAAACUUCCAGCCCAGGAACUGGUUUUAAAAUUUGUCGUCGGAGAUUUCUUAGUGUCCAUUGUUCGUCAAACCUAACAUAGAGCCAAGUUGCUUACUCUGGUAUAUUUCAUCUUCUUGAUCUCGUUUGAAAAACUUCCAACAACAGCUAAUGACACCACGUCAACUAAAUCCAAAAAUCCCCCCCCACCAAAAAAAAAAUAAUAUAAUAAAGUUCAGAAUCGUUAAAUGACGUUGUUAUUUAUUGUUUCAGGAAUCCUCAUACACCGAACCAGCCGUCGAUGUCACCGGAAAAUACAAAGAUCGUGCAGAAGUCAGGUAGGGCAGGGGAGUCAGUCACUCGUUUCUCCUGCCCCCGCCAAAGGCUUUCCAUGGCUGAGCGGGGUACUGAAGACGAGCGCGGAGCGAGAUCGGGAACCAGUUUCCAGAUUUAAGCGAUCGCAAGCGACUGGGAACUGCGAACUGGGGAGAUUUUUCUCUUCAUGUUAAACUAAUUUGGCGAGUAGCAAUUGAGGGAGGAGAAAAUGUGAUUGAUCAUUUCUCUGGUCGCCCGUUCCCUUGAAGAAAAGGAGUAGCUCUGGUAAUGGAAAAGUAAGGAAUGGCGAAGCGCAAAAAAAGAUAUAUUGUGAGCCCUGACGCACGAACAUGGGCCGAAAAAGUGAGCUAGUAUUCAGGACAAGGACACAUGAUAUUUUUUCUCUCCAGGCCUCUUGCUUCUCCUCGAGUCAUUCCCAUUUUCUUUUCGAUUUAAUGUCACGUCAUUAACAAGCUGAGUUAUGUUUUUCCUUCUUGGUUUAGACGUACAAAGGUCGGAAGUGAUGUUCCUGUGGUGAUUGCUGAUGAUGCCCCAGCAUCCGUUCACAGGUGGACCAACUUGUUUGUUUGUUGUUGUGGUUGUUUACUUUUCUUUCUCUCUUUUUGUUCAUAAAGCAGCAUGUACUCACCUGGAUCCUUGCGGUUUGAAGAGAUACGAUGGGAAAGACACGAUUUUUUUUUGUAGUUGAGUUGUAUUUGUUCCUUUGUAUUCAACCAGAAUUAGUCAUUUUUCUUUCCCUUUGUCUUGGACUAUAUUUUCGAAUCUGACACACAGUAACGAAAGUGAUAACUAAAAAACCACAGCAGACAUUACAGUGAUGUGUUUCAGGCUACAUAUAUUUUGUGUUGCUCUCCUUGUCCUGUCGGUAACUGUGCCCACAUCGUGGCGGGCUCGCUUUUCUUCGUUACCUUGAGAAAUGUUGUAAUUAUUGAUAUUUCCUUCUUAUUUCAGACCUAUUAGUACAGAUAAUGUUGGACGCCAAAUGUUGGAAAAAAUGGGCUGGAGCGAAGGAGAGGGUCUGGGACGAGAGGGAGCUGGGCGCCGAGAACCGGUAAGCAUUGAGCCAUCUGAUGAACACCCAUUGAUGAAAUUCGCGAGUAUUAACUUGGUAUUGCUGGGAUUGGUUUUUCGAUCUCUAUCAACCUCGGCAAAAAUAGCAUGCAUUCGUGGCUUUAUAUUACUUACGUCACUAUGGUGCAGCAAUGUUGCAAAACAAGUUUCACAUUUUUGUUGCCCGCUUUACUGUACUUUAAGUUGAGUUUCACUGACUACACUGCUUGAUAUUGGCCCCACCUUUCCUCCAUGUAGGUCAUCGUUGAGGUGCGCGACAGCCUACGGGGAUUGGGCACAGGAGUAAAACGAAGCCUUGAUGAUGCUGAUGGGAAAAGUUACGCACGAGCUAAGACGCGUGAGAGAUUUACGCAAGCUGCUCAAGUAACAAACGAUACUACAAAGAGAUUUGUCGCAGCCAAAACUGUGCAUGCUGAAGAGAAAACUUCGCACAAUAAAGACACUGAUGAUGUUAUUUCACUUGGAGAGGAAGCUAAAUGUAAUAACGAUUCAACGCAAUCAAACAAGGCUGACAAGGAGGAAACAUUGGAUAUGUUCUCUGAAUGAGAGUCAUUUUUAAAAUCCCUGACGAUAGGUCCAAUAACUGAUUCCUGCGGCACUGAACAAAAAGACUCAAGCUAUUAUGACUUUUAGGCAAGAAACAAUAGAUUAUUCUCCUCGCUUUUAGGAGAUUAUGCUGCUCAUAAAGCAUUCUAUGGAAAACUACUAAAUGUUUACGGGAAUCAGCUUUCCAUUGAAAAGACUUGAAGUGCGAUUUUUGU